CACUGAGCAGCGUGUUUGUUCUGCAGAGGUGCUGAGAUGGUCGGGAACCGCGCAGCUGGAGAAAAGUUCGUUUUAAUUUGAUUUGGCUGAUUUUGUCCCACAGUUAUGCCUCUGCGACAGAAAAGGAAACGCACAGCUGAAGAGCUCGCUGACGAGGUUUUCGGCUCGAGUGAUGAAGAUGGAGGUUCUGGGUUUGAAAGUGCUGUUUCAGACGAAGAGGAGAUGUUCUUCAACGGAAUGGACCCCGCACAGGACGACCCCACACUGGCACAGCCUGAGGAGUCUGACACGCCUACAGAAGCACAGUCUGAAGACGCAGCCGCCAAUAAGAGUGACGGAAAAAAACAGUUAUCACAAGAAUCACACAGGUGGAAGAACAUAGAUGUGGACGAUGCUGACCCUUUCCACCAUGCAUUCUCUCCUGCUCGCAACCCCGGAUCUCUUCUAGAUCAUUCUCGAGAAUACAGUCCACUUGAGCUUUUCCAGCUGUUUUUUUCCCUGGACGUUGUCGAUAGCCUCUGCAGUAACACCAACAAGAAUGCAGCGUUAAAGAAACAAAAAGGCAAGAAGUACAAAUGGGAACCUGUGGAAAUUUCAGAGUUCUUGAAAUUCUGUGGAAUUCUUGUGUUUAUGGGCAUCAUUCGUUCUCCCAGGAUCCAAGAUUACUGGCGAACGGACAAUGUGUGGCAGACUCCCUUUGUGAGGAAAGUCAUGGGCAGGGAAAGAUUUCAGGCUAUCAGCUGGAGCUUUCACAUAAGCGACCCAGACGCAGACAAAGAAAAUGCAAGGAAGAAAAAAGCCGACUAUGAUAACCUAGCGAAGAUCAGGCCACUGAUGGAGAGCCUUAAAUUUGCUUGCAAAGCAUUUUAUCAUCCUAGGAGGCGCUUGUGGAUUGAUGAACGAAUGGUCCCAACAUUGAUCAAGAGUGGGAUGAAGGUAUUCCUAAAGUCCAAGCCUCAUAAUUGGGGUUACAAACUCUUUGUUCUUUGUGACUCAGCAACUGGCUAUACGUGUGAUUUCAAAGUCUAUGCUACUAGUAGCCCACGCAUAACAUCCCACGGGUUAAGUCAUGAUUCUGUAGUUUCUCUUGUAGAUCCUAGCUUUCUCGGCACAGGUUAUGUUUUGUACUGUGACAGUUUCUACACGAGCCCCACUCUGUUCAGGGACCUUUACGAGAUGAAGAUAGGGGCGUGUGGCACAGUGCGAGAAAACCGAUCAGGAUAUCCAAGAGCCCAGGAAAACUGUCUCAGCAGAUCUUCAGAGCGAGGCAGCAUGAGAUGGAUCAGACAGGGACCCCUUUUGUUUGUGAAGUGGAUGGACACAAAAGAGGUCUCCAUCUGCUCCACCAUUCACAAGGCCUACACUGGAGAUGUGAUCUCGAGAAAGCAGAGGAAACCCGACGGAACCUGUGAAGCCCGUAAAUUUCACCUGCCAGCGGCAGUUAAAUCCUAUAACAAGUACAUGGGUGGAGUAGAUUUUUCAGAUCCAAGGCUUCAGAACUAUACCACCCGCAGGACCUACAAGUGGUACAAAACCUUUUUCUUCCACUUUCUGGACAUGGCUGUAGCGAACACCUACGUGCUGUACAGAGAGCAGUGCGAAGUCAAAUCAAAAAAGACCAUGACGUACAUUGACUUCAGGAGGAGCCUCUGUGUGCAGCUCUGUGACGCUAAAGUAAAGGUUGCCCUACCAAAAAUUGUUCCAAUGGACCACGAAUUGGAACGCAUCCAAGGGGGUCGGAGAGUGUGCAGACAAUGCAAGUCAGAAGGCAGGAGGAGUGACACUUCGUGGCAGUGUGCACGAUGUGAUGUGCCACUGUGUGGAUCUGCUGCAAGGAACUGCUUCAGGAAGUGGCACCUCGACGAUAAAGUGAAGGUCGUAAAAAGGCUACACCAAAAAAAGGUGGUCCGUUCAAAGGGUGAAGUGACUGUCACUAUAGAAUAAAAUUCUUAAGUAAAGAAUUCUCUAAUCUGUUGGGGUUUGGUUAAAACUGUCA